AGAAGAGAGAGAGACUCACUUCAUUUCACUGCCAUCCAAAGAGAGAGAGAGAGAGAGAGAGAGAUGAGACCAAUAAACAGUGUACCAUCAUCAUCAACCAGUGGGAUAAAGAUAUGGAAGUCUCCAAUUCCUUACCUUUUUGGAGGCUUAGCUCUAAUGCUUGCUCUUAUAUCUGUGGCAUUGGUGAUCCUUGUUUGCUCCUACAAGAAACGUUCUUCUCAAUCAUCAGAUGCAGCUGAAGACAUGAAACAAGCAAUGCCCAAGAACAUAGAGAUUAACUCAGAGCCAGAGGUACUUGUCAUUAUGGCUGGUGAUGACAAACCCACCUACCUUGCCAAACCAAUUUCCUCUUCAAAUUACUGCACUUGUGGAGCUGAACCUACCCCUUCAUCAAGCUCAACUAUUGAGCAAAGGUUAACCAAUUAACUUGCUAGGAACAACAAAAUUUUGC